AUGCGAGAGAGUGACGGCCCCUCUGCUUCCGGUUGUCGCAUGGCACGUGAGCGGAAGUGCUCCGUUGACGCAGUGUGUGCAUGUCCUGUUUACGCGGGAAGAGUGAACAUCGCUCGGCGUCUGCGGCGGAGCUCUCACAUCAAAUCUGACCCACAAACAUGCCGACACAGGAGUUUGGGAGCUAAGGAGGAGAUGGAAGGGGGCGAUGGAGAUUCUGCGGCGGAGGGCCCCGAGCUGCAGGUGGUUCAGGUCUGUUUACCGAGCGGAUCUGUCCCUCUGCGCCUGCUGGAGUGGAAGGUCAAACCGGGCUCUCUUAUCAACGUGGACUCUGUGUUAGCCCUGGCUGUCCCCAUCCCGCCGGAGAAGGGAGCGGGGGCUGUCAGGCUCCCGGAGAAGAAGGUGAAAGCAGACCGUGCAGGAGUAGUGAAGGAGCUGUGCUGUCAAGUGGGACAAGUGCUUCCUCCAGGUGGUGUUAUUGUCAAAAUAGAAGGAUGCAGCCACCCCGUAGUAAUGAAAGGAUUAUGUGCUGAAUGCGGCCAGGAUUUGACUCAGCUGCAAAGCGCAAAUGGGAAGCAGCAAGCUCCCAUCUCCACAGCAACAGUCUCCAUGGUGCACAGUGUUCCUGAGUUGAUGGUCAGCUCUGAGCAAGCUGAGCAGCUCGGGAGAGAAGACCAGCAAAGACUCCAUCGGAACAAAAAGCUGGUUCUGAUGGUGGAUUUAGACCAGACCUUAAUCCACACAACAGAACAGCACUGCCACAGAUUGUCCAAUAAGGGUAUUUUCCACUUCCAACUCGGACGGGGAGAACCUAUGCUCCACACGCGGUUACGUCCACACUGUAAAGAGUUCUUGGAGAAAAUUGCCAAACUUUAUGAACUCCACGUCUUCACAUUUGGGAGCCGGCUUUAUGCACACACCAUUGCAGGCUUCCUGGAUCCUGAAAAGAAACUGUUCUCUCAUCGGAUUCUGUCCAGAGAUGAGUGCAUCGACCCUUUCUCAAAGACUGGGAACCUUAGGAAUCUGUUCCCAUGUGGGGACUCAAUGGGGACUGGAGACAUCAACGCCCCCCCUGGCUCACGGGAGGCUCAAACAUCUCGAAAAGGAUCAUCGUCAAAUCGUCUGUCUGAGGACGCCGAGCCAUCAGGAUUGACAGAUGAACAAAACAAUGGUCUCAGUAGAAGCACAAAGGAGGACAGCAAAGUCGAAUCCACAAGUUCAACUCAGGAAAAAUCUAAAAACGAACAAUCUCAUCCCUCUUGCACCGAUAUGGAUGUAUCCACUCAGGGUAAUGAAACGGAGGCUGAGGUAAACGUCCAAACUGAGGACGCCGAUGAAAGGACACUAGUCCCCAAAGACGCUAACGUCAACUCUUCUGCACUCGACCACAAAACAAAUAAUCUAGAUUUUGACCUUUCUAGUGACAGCGACAGUGACUCCAUAUCAGACAAACCUCCCAAAACAGACAGUGACGGUGAAAACAAAGCGGCAAAAGACGGUGAAUCUGAACAGGUGGAAGAGCAAUCUGUAACAGAAGGUGAGACUAAAGCAGAGACUUGUUCGGAAGCUGCAGAACUUCCAGACUCGAGCCUUGGCAAUGGUUGCUCGGACAAACAAGAGGCCGAAACUGAGUCUCAGAAUAGCCAACAGUCGGGUAUCACCACGGGGGGAGACGUCUUAGACCAGAACAUGGAGGACGACGACGAAGAGGAGGGAGACACGGACCAGGACGAUCACUUAAUUUACUUGGAGGAAGUUUUAGAAAGGAUCCAUGCCGAGUACUUUGCACGCUACAGCCGCUUCCUGACAAAGGAAGUGCCCGAAACGCCAGACAUUCGGAAGAUCGUGCCAGAGCUUAAAGGCAAAACCUUGGAAGGCACGACGUUAGUGUUCAGUGGGCUCUACCCGACCAAUUAUCCAAUGGAGAAAACUCGGGAGUAUUACCACGCCAAAGCACUGGGAGCCAAGAUCGGCAAGAACCUCAUCCUCAAAGCUCAGGAUCUGAACUCGACAACACAUCUCAUUGCAGCAAGAGCAGGCACAGAGAAGGUGCGGCAGGCUCAGGCGUGUAAGCACCUCCAUGUUGUGAACCCCGACUGGCUCUGGAGCUGUCUGGAGCGCUGGGAGAGAGUGGAGGAACGCUUGUAUCCUCUGAAGGAAGACCUCUCCAGGACGCCACGGAGCAAUAGUCCAGCAGCGUUCACCGAUGCACAGGGCUCCCUCAAGCAGCCGCUCUUUCAGCCCAUGCCCGUCCAGGCCAGAGCUCCAGUCCCCCCGCCUGAGGUGCGCACCUAUGACCCAGUUACAGGGAAACUCAUCCGUAGAGGUCCUCCUGCUGCUGGACUACCACCCUACCUCCAAGCCUCACUGUCCGACCCUUCUGCUCCCAGGAGAACUGGUCAGAAUCAAGCAGAAGACAAGGAAGGACUGGACCCCGAUGAUGAGCAGCCCGGGCCGUCUCGUCGGGACCGGCAGCCGAGCAUGUCUGAAACUUUGCCUCUGUACACACUGUGCAAGGAGGACCUGGAGGACAUGGACAAGGAGAAAGACUUUUUCUUCCCACAUAAGAACAUGUUCUACUGA